AUGGCUUCGUCUGAAGAACCUGUGCACCCGUUGCGCAUCUCCAAGGGCAGCAGCACUCCGGGAUCGCCCCCUGCCGCCAAAGCGAACACGGGCAUCCCUCGCCCCCUUUCAGAGCUUUCUCCUUCGGACCACAGAAGGAACUCGCCCAGCUGGAAGCAACCAUCCAAGAAAAUGACUCUCAACACCGACUCCUCCCCAUUCCAGUCGUCCCCGCUGGAGACCACCACGUCGCCCAGGCUCUUCUGGCAGAAGCGCAACCUCGACUCCAUCAGCACAGAGAACAGCGGUUUGUACGGCGGACGCCACGGCUCGCCUUCACCCACUCGCCGCACCUCCAUCGAGCGCCUACAGAGGGCUUCUCGCGUCAAGAAUAGCAACAUCCUCGCCCUCGAGCAGAAGCAGGAAUACGACCCUGCCAGAGUGCCCCAAGUCGAGCGCCCUCUAGCUAAGCAUCAGGGGAGCUCGUUCGACGGAACAACAACCAUCAUCAAUGGCCUCCGAUCCUCCGAUUCUCUGAACAGAGGCAUCGGUCACCAGCGCAACAACAGCAAGUCGAGCAUCCCCAUCUACAGCCCGGCCCCGAGCCCGACCAAGACCGCUACACCAAUGCAGGCCACCCCUUCCAACCCGCCGCGCAGCCCCGGAAAGGAGCAGGGCUCGUCUCCGAUCAAGUCGUCCCUCUCUAGGAGCAAUUUCAAGAGCAGCUUCGACCCCGAGACCGGUACCUGGUCGGCCGAUACCUCGUUUGAUGACCGCGAGCUUCCUUCCGGCAAGUCACUUCACCGACAUGCCAAGAGUGUCACCUUUGAUGCCGCCCCCCCUCAGAUCAACGAGUAUGAGAUGGCCACUCCGGACAUCUCCUCCAUCGGAUCCAACUCGCGCGAAGGCAGCUUCGAGUCUAUGGAGGACGAGGACGAAGAGGAUGGCCACUAUCACUUUGGCGACCACGACAUGGAGGGAGAUAGCUUUGACGCGUCGCUGGAAGAUACGGACAAGACGCCAGUCGUUGGCCCCGACGACUGGAGACAGUCCGCCGAGCGCAUGGAGGACCCGUUCGAGGGAAGCCCAAUGCCCGAUGCUCUUCCCCCGCGUCUUGGUCGCCCAGAACACACGCGAUCCGACUCUUCCGCCUCGGACCACCGGCCCCUGCCCCCACUUCCCGGCAUGAGCUCUCCCGCUCGCAGCGAGUCCCGCUCCUCGCCGGGUCUAUCUGCCACCGCGGAGAGGAUGAUUGGCGCUCAUCGCAGCCUGCCGUCGCCUCCGCCGGCGGCCACGAGCAAGACUGAGAUCCAGAGCAUCGGCAACGGCAAGAUGACUCUCGAGGAGAGAUUGAAGCUCAUGAUGCUCUCGGACGACCACAAGUCCGCCAACGAGCAGCAGAGAGAGCGCCGCCUUCGUCGGGGCACACAGCGCGACAGAAUCCAGAGCCCUGCCUCAGAUUCCGAGACGGCCGAGUCAAGCAUGCUCUCCCUCGAGGCCGACGAGGCUGAUGAUACCAUUGGCGACAUCUCGGCUCUCGAGGACUACGAACUGCCUACUCGAAUUUCUCGCGAGUCCAUCAUGCGCCGCGUCAACGGUGGCAACGAUGAUCAAGGAGUCGACUAUUUCUCGUCGCCGGCGGCCAGCUCGAGUCCUGAGCGGCCGAGCCCCGAGCGCCGCCUUCCUCUGCCUCUCGACCCGGACGUUCCCAUACCUUCCACUGAAGACUCGAUUCUGGAUGAUGUCUCGGAGCUCAGCGACGAGGGCAGUGUCAUCAUCCACCGCGACGAGGCCUCAGAUGCCGAGACCGAGUCCAUCACAGACUUCUACGCGCGGUCUGACAUUGACGAGAACGACGCGGAUUCUGCCAGCCACUACUCGGAUGGACCAGCUCGCGUGCCCGAGGUCACACAUGUCGGCGACAAGGAGGUCCUCACUCCUCGUGCUGCGAGCCCGGCCUACCAGUCCUUCGACAUGGCAUCGGAGAUAAGACCUUUGGAGCUCAAGUCAGACAAGGCUGGCAACGUGUCCGACCAGGAGGCCGACACCGCCGCCGAUGUUUCCGUCAAGGAACCCACGCCGGAGCCCGAGGUUACGCAGAUUUUCGAGCCAGAGGCGGAUUCCGAGGCCGAGUCGAAGAUCGAACCCGAGGCCGCGAAAGAGUCAUCGCCACUCGUGGACGCUGCUGCGUCUCUCGACACUCCACCUGAGCGCAAGCACAGCCUUCCGGAACUGAAGGACGGCGGCAAGGACAACGAGUUUUCCAAGGGUCUGCAGUCGUUCAUGUUGCCGCCGCCUCCGGAGCCUUCCGCACAAGAGGUGGAGGAGCUUCAGCCGCCGCCCAAGAUGACGGAUAUGCAGGCUCAAAUGCAGCGGCCCUCCACUCCCAAGCAUCUGUCCAAGCCCGACUACGAUGGCUCUGGAUGGGGCGACCCGGAGGAUGAAUAUGAUGAGGAGCCCGGUACGCCCGAAUCCGUUAUUCAUCGUCCGAUGUCCUCCGACGAGGAAGAGGAGUCGGAGAUCUUUGACGAGCCGCCCAUGGAGUCGCCCGCGAUCCCCGAGCGACAAGCAACCAUCAAAGCCUCUGGUUCCAAGUUGAAGACAAGACCAUCUAACACGCCUUCUGACAUCAUUGCCAUGAGAGAAGCCCGGCGCCAAGUUAGUCGCGAGGUGCCUGACAUUCCAGCCAUUCCCGAACGCCACCGCAACAGACUCUCGAGGGAUCUACAGGGAGAGCCCACCAUCCCCGAUGAAGACCUGGUGAUGAAGCGCCACUCGAGCUUCAACAAGCGCAGCCUGACAUUGGAUCUUGACUUUGGCCUCAGUCUCGAUCAGGAUUUCGACCGGGUUAUCGAGGCACAAAAGGUUGCUUUUUCUCAACAAGUACAUGAUUCUUCUCAUAUCGCAAGUGGGGGCCCGAGCAGACAAGUGUCCAGGCCGGCUGUCGCCACGAGCAAAGUCAAAGUCGAUCAAGCAGGAGCGAGGUCACUGAAUGCUAACACGAAGAACCAGCGCGGUUAUCUCAUGCGACAAAACACAAAGGUUGUCACGGCGAGCGACAAGGAAUCCUCCGACAUGUGGAAGACUCGAUCAGCCGGCAACUCCCCGGUCAAGGCUGAACGUCCCCAAUCGUGGACCGUCGAGCCCUGGAAUGGUAGGCCCAGGCAGAAAAGCGUCAGGCGCCGUCCCCAGACCAGCGGGCCGGUUCCGCCUAUGCCCGGCCAGGAGAGCAACGCACAACCUCUCAACCCCUUGGCCGAGGAGGACCUGAACCCUGAGCUGGCCACCGAGGAGAGUGGCGAGCGCGGCCGUCUCUUCGUCAAGGUUCUUGGAGUCAAGGACCUCGACCUUCCCAUCCCCAGAAACGAGCGCACCUGGUUUAGCCUUACUCUCGACAACGGCGUUCAUUGUGUGACGACGGCCUGGCUCGAGCUGGCGCGCAACGCGCCCGUUGGCCAGGAGUUUGAGCUUGUUGUGCCGAACGACUUGGAGUUUCAGCUCACUCUCAACGUCAAGCUAGAGAAGCCCCUGCCCAAGAAGGUCAUCGUGCAGUCUCCUACUAAGGCUAGCAAGCCCAAGACGUCUACCUUUAGCAGGGUGUUCGCGUCACCCAAGAAGCGCAAGGAGAUGGAGAUGCGCCAACGUGAGGAGGAAGAGCGCCUGGCGGCUGAGCAGCAGAAGGCAGCGCAGGCCAGGCAGAUGAAGGUUGCGCCCACGGCCUGGGACCUGCUGUCUCCGCUCGCGGCGGAGGACGGCAGCUUCGCUCGUUCCUACGUGUGCCUCAAGGAGCACGAGUCGCGCUGCUAUGGCCGUCCAUACGUUGUGGACGUGGCCUGCUUCAACGAGUGGGCGACCGAAGAGGCCGCUUUCGCGUCGAGCGUCAAGAGCAAGCGUGGCAACACGGCCGUUGUUCGCCGUGCCCCGUACAAGAUUGGCAAGCUGGAGCUCCAGUUGCUGUUCGUUCCUCGUCCUAAGGGAUCCGCCGAGGAGGACAUGCCCAAGAGCAUGAACUCCUGCAUCAGGGAGCUCAAGGCCGCCGAGGAGCGCCUCGCGAAGAACUGGGAGGGCCACUUGAGCCAGCAGGGCGGUGACUGCCCGUACUGGCGUCGGCGAUACUUCAAGCUCGUCGGCCACAAGCUCACAGCCUACCACGAGGCCACUCGUCAACCCCGUGCCACGAUCAACCUGGCCAAUGCCAAGCGUCUCAUCGACGACCGACGUGCGCUGACGGAGAAGGAGACGACCGGCAAGGGCGGCCGGCGUAGGCGAUCUGCGUUUGCCGAAGAGGAAGAAGGUUACAUGUUCGUCGAGGAGGGAUUCCGUAUCCGCUUCAACAACGGCGAGACGAUCGACUUCUAUGCCGAUACGGCCGAGGACAAGGCCGGCUGGCUGCAGGCUCUUACCGAUCUCGUCGGUCGUGGCGACAGCGACGACGAGGUCAGCGGGCCUCGCAAGCCGGGCAAGUGGUGCGAGCUCAUCCUCAAGAGGGAGGAGGCGCUACGACGCCGGGCAGAGGGCCGAAGGGUGCACUCGCGGACGAAGAGCACUUUCAACUAA